UAUAUUUCCAAAAACCCUUCUUCUCAUAGAUUCAAGGAAGCGCAUAAACUCUUUGUGUGGCUGCUGCUGGCUACGUCUCACACUCGUCAAAGCUCUACCCUCUUCCCCUAUCUCCAAGUUUGAGCCUUUUUCAGUUCUGGUUUCAUUGGAUAACUAAGACGGCAAAAUCGAGAUAAUAUGGAGACUAAGAAUGAGAACUCUGAUGUUUCACGGGCCGAGGAGAUGAAGAAUCAGGCCAACGAAGCCUUUAAAGGUCACAAAUUCUCCCAGGCUAUUGAUCUGUAUACACAAGCUAUAGAAAUCAAUGGUAACAACGCUGUGUAUUGGGCAAACCGUGCAUUUGCUCACACAAAGUUGGAGGAAUAUGGCAGUGCGAUACAGGAUGCAUCAAAGGCCAUUGAAAUUGAUCCCAAAUACUCUAAGGGCUAUUACAGACGUGGUGCGGCGUAUCUUGCCAUGGGAAAAUUUAAGGAUGCCUUGAAGGAUUUCCAACAGGUUAAAAGGAUUUGUCCUAAUGACCCUGAUGCGACAAGGAAACUAAGAGAGUGUGAGAAAGCAGUGAAGAAACUGAAAUUUGAAGAAGCAAUCUCUGUACCCGUAUCUGAAAGGAUCUCAGUCGCUGAGUCCAUUGACUUCCACACAAUUGAGGUUGAAUCACAAUACUCUGGUGCUAGAAUCGAGGGAGAGGAAGUUACCUUGGAUUUUGUGAAACAAAUGCUGGAAGAGUUCAAGAACCAAAAGACAUUGCAUAAACGGUAUGCAUAUCAAAUUGUCUUACAGACAAGGAAAAUCUUGCAAGCACUGCCUUCUCUGGUUGAUAUCAGUGUCCCUGAUGGCAAGCAUUUCACGGUCUGCGGUGAUGUUCAUGGUCAGUUCUAUGAUCUCUUAAACAUUUUUGAGCUUAAUGGCCUCCCUUCUGAGGAGAAUCCAUACUUGUUCAAUGGUGACUUUGUGGAUAGAGGAUCCUUUUCUGUUGAGAUAAUCCUGACUCUGUUUGCGUUUAAGUGCAUGUGUCCUUCAUCCAUAUAUCUUGCUAGAGGGAACCAUGAAAGCAAGAGCAUGAACAAGAUAUAUGGUUUUGAGGGUGAGGUUCGGUCCAAGUUGAGUGAGAAGUUCGUUGAACUCUUUGCCGAAGUAUUCUGUUAUCUUCCAUUGGCUCACGUUAUCAAUGAGAAGAUAUUCGUGGUGCAUGGAGGUCUCUUCAGUGUCGAUGGCGUGAAGCUCUCGGACAUCCGAGCCAUUGACCGAUUCUGUGAGCCUCCCGAGGAAGGAUUGAUGUGUGAACUGUUGUGGAGUGAUCCUCAACCUCUCCCUGGAAGAGGCCCAAGCAAGCGAGGAGUUGGUCUCUCAUUUGGUGGAGAUGUAACGAAAAGGUUUUUGGAAGACAACAAUCUAGAUUUGGUGGUGCGGUCACAUGAAGUAAAGGAUGAAGGAUACGAGGUUGAUCAUGAUGGCAAGCUCAUCACUGUCUUCUCUGCACCAAACUACUGUGAUCAGAUGGGUAACAAGGGAGCCUUCAUUCGCUUUGAAGCUCCAGAUAUGAAGCCAAACAUUGUUACAUUCACUGCAGUGCCUCACCCUGAUGUGAAGCCAAUGGCCUAUGCAAGCAAUUUUAUGAGAAUGUUCAACUAACCAAGCAGAAUGCUUCUUCAACGGAAAUGUUAAGCAGAUUCAAGACCAAAAGUGUUUCAGAAACAUAAUCAUAUAAGUUUUUCUUUUUGCUUUUCUAUCAUCUUCUGCAGUUUUUCAUGUUGUUUCAGAAAAGGGAGCCCAUGAUAUAAUUAAAAGGUACAGUAUCAAGAUUUAAUCUGUUUUCUUCUUUUUUGAUAAAGAUGUUUCCUCUUCCUCUAAAGCUUUUUUUUCCUUCCUCUAAAGCUUACCCAGUAACGUUUGUCUCUUUUGUCUUUUGUUCUUAGAGGGGUUAAUGGAUCAUUCUUAUUUUAGAUGAUUACACCACAAAAAAGUGACCAAAUGACCCCCCAAAAACUAUGUACAAACAUGUCACAGAGGGUGGUUUCAUUAGGCUUCUUGAUUGCUUCUUAUUUAACCUUUAGAUUCUUUUCGAAGUAG